AUCUCAUCACUCUUCAUAACAUUCUGGAGUGUAUGCAAAUUUCCAUCAUACAAACUGAGGUAGCAGACUUUGUGAAAACUCAUUUUUGUGUCAUUCUCAAAACUUUUGGCCACGACUGUAUGAUUGAAACAGAGUACAAGGCUGGGGUGGGGAUUGAAACCAUAGCUCGCAUACAAACAAGACAAUUAACACCAUCUCCUGGCCACUAAGUGAUACUGCACACACCGUAUGUUGAUUGGCAAUCCACCCCUUUUCCAGCCUUAAAAUAAAUAUAAGUAAAUUCAAAAAUCUUAUCUUUAUGUAUUCAUAUGAUAUAUGUGUGCUCGCCCCUGUCCCUGCAUAUGGUAAGUGUCCUUCCCCAGAGUCCUUUUCCUGCCCUCUGUGUGGAGACGGUUGUAAUGAGAGUCAUGCGGGCCAUCUGUCUGUGGUAAGAAAAGGCCUAGUUUAUUCCCUCAGACCAGCUCUAUGGGUUAGGAUAGGGCUGUGUCUGUCUUGGGAGCCCAGCCCCUCAGGUUUCUUAGUUGCCAAGGGAGGAGGGUAAUGUCCACUGCACAACCCCAGGACACUGCUACUGUGCAGGGAGGGAAAUGAACACCACUCCUAUGGACAUCCAGAUGUUGUGGAACUAACUGUUCAUCAACUCAUCAAUGUUUGUGUCCCUUCUUAUGCAGUGUGACAGGGCCUAACUCUGAAAGUAAGAGGGGUCUGGGGCGUACCUUGGAGAGCUCCAUCCAUGAGCUCUGAACACCAUGACCUUUCAGAAGUCUUCGUCGACCUCUAGCAUAUUCCACAUGCUCAUAUUAUGGUUUGUCAUUGUCCUGUUUUGCACUGAUGGUUUGACAGCUGGGAUGGGGACGACACCUAACCUGAAACACAUUGUGAUUGGUCGAUGUUACAGCUACAUAACACUAGUUUGGCCUAAUUCCAGCUAUGACUGUGAGGAGAUCUGGAGGGAGUUUGAGGAGGCUGUAAUGAGGAAGUCUCGCUGUAAUGUGAAGGUUAAGGACUACAAAAGGAUGUUCCAUGCCACACCACAGACUCUGACAUGUGGUAAGUUGCUGUUCUGGAGUAAGACCAGGGAGCUGAUACACAGCUAUGCAGCUGUAACACGUCGUUUCUGGACCCUGGAGGACACGCUGGUGGGAUACAUGUUCAAUGACCUCAUCUGGUGCGGACAGGAAGAGAAAGACAGAGGCUUUGAUUUCAACUCUUGCCCAGAAUGGUCAACGUGUGUUCACCAUCCUGUCUAUUCCUUGUGGAGACAAGCCUCACAAAACUUUGCUGAAGCGGCAUGUGGCAACAUCACGGUGCUGCUCAAUGGAUCCAUAGAGAAUGCUUUCAACAGGAAAAGCAUGUUUGGGGGUGUGGAGCUGGACAGCCUGAACCCCAGAAUGGUGGAUCAUGUCAACAUCAAGGUGGUGGCCAACCUGGAGGGACCCUUCAUAGAAUCCUGCACUCAGGGUUCCAUUGUGGAUUUGAUCAAUGUCCUACAGACCAGAGGGUUCCGCUGGACCUGCACAGACAGUGACCUAACUCUGAUGAUCCUCCAGUGCAUCCAGAACCCUCAACAGUUCUCCUGCCUGCCCUGUGCUAACAGCCUACUGCACAGACAGAGGCCACAUCUAUAGAUGGGUUACAUCCACCCUAAAAAUACUACCCCCAUAGUAGGCUGUCACUUUUCAGUGCAUUAUACUCUAUCCAAGUUGUCUUUAGAUAAACACACAUUUUGCUGUUUGUUUACUAUGUCUGUUGAUUUUAACUGAAAUAAAGACAGAUUCAUUAUAUUUAUGU